AUCAAAACUCUAUCCUUAAGAGUGUGGUCGUACAAAUUAGCUUAUGAUAUCCCCCAUUUUAUUCAAUAAUAAUCUCCAAGUCAGGUUGAAUCUAGUCUGUGGUUUACUUGAAUAGUUUCUAGUCAAGUUAACUUCACCCGAUUCGUGAGCUUGUUAGUUGUUAGUUGUUAGGUAGAAUCCGAAUGACGGAAUGAGUAAUGACGGAUUCCCCAACAAUGACCAGGUAUUGGCAAUUUGACAGUAGCGCAAGUCUUAAACCGCUUCUGCCAAAAAGUCAAACAGCAAAAACUAAAACGGGAGGGAGAGAGAUUGAAGAUGACAACCAUAGAAACUUGGAUAAACAACCAUGAAUCAGUUUACAAAGCAGCAACUCGUCACUCUUUUAUAAUCUCCAUCCGUCAUGGUUCCGUCGAUCUCUCCUCUUUCAAACGCUGGCUGGGUCAGGACUACUUAUUUGUCAGGAAAUUUGUUCCUUUUGUCGGUAGUGUGCUGGUGAAAGCUUGUAAGGAAUCAGAUGAUGAAUCAGAUAUGGAGGUUAUUUUAUCUGGUUUGGCUUCUCUGAAUGAUGAAAUUUCCUGGUUUAAGAAAGAAGCUGCAAAAUGGGAUGUUCAGCUCAGUGCCAUCGCCCCUCUGCAGACAAACCAGAACUACUGCAGGUUCUUAGAAAGCCUGAUGCAACCAGAUGUCAGUUACGCCGUUGCAAUCACAGCCUUCUGGGCAAUUGAGGCUGUUUACCAAAUGAGCUUUGCCCACUGCCUCGAAGAUGAUGCCAAAACUCCUUCAGAACUCAGAGAAGCGUGUGAGAGAUGGGGGAAUGAAGGGUUUGGUAAGUAUUGUGACUCCCUGAAGAAGAUUGCUAACCGAUGUCUAUCAAAGGGAUCAAAUGAUGUGCAAGUCAAAGCCGAGGCCAUGCUUUUGCAAGUUCUUGAACUAGAAGUCGAGUUCUGGAGUAUGAGUGAUGGACAGAUCAAUUAGAAACAGAAAGUACUGUGUUUUGGUUGUGAUUUCUUGUAUGUUUUAAAGUUUUGCUCUAUCAAUCUUAUGCUUUUCAGAUUUACUGGAUUAAAAACUGGGUUUCCAAGCAUUUUGUAAAUGUUUGGAACAAGGCAGAAAUCGCAACGAUACAAGUAAAACUGUAAAAUUACCACUUAAUAGUUAAUACUAAUAUAUCAGGGUCAAAUUAUCAUUU